UCCAUUCAUUUUCACGGAUAAAUACGUUACAUUCCAUUUUCAAAACGACAUAUAUUAGAGCUUGAUUAUCGCUGUAUAUUAAUCACGUAAGGUAAAAAUAAUUAAAAAAAAAUUAAAAAAGGAAGAAAGCGGAAGAGACGGGUCUUUAGUUAUCACGGGAAGGGACGCAUCUUGGUGGACGCGUGUCAACAAACGAGAGGGUAGAUCUUCGAUUACACGUUAAACGCGUUUCAAACUUGGCUUUCUCUCUCUCUCUCUCUCUCUCGAAUCCUCUCGAGGAAGGUGAUUUAUUUGGCGAAAGGCGAUAUUGAUCGAUUAUGCAUGUCUUCGAUCAAGCCUCUUCUUGUUAUGAUCGGUGGGGAAAAGCGAUUGAUCGGGGGCUUUAUACGACGGCGACGGAGAUUUCCCUUGGUGGCUCGGCUAUAAUCAAAAGGUAAUACGGUUGUUAUGUUGUUUCAUUAAGCAUGUGAUUGCUUAUUGUUCAACUUGUUCUGAUCGCAAUUUUUACUCUUUUUUUUGUUUGUUCGGUUUAAUUUUGUGUAUCGGUGGCGACGGAGCUCUCCUCGACGGCGCUGGAGCUCUCCUUGACGGCGCCGGAGCUUUCCUCGACGGCGAUGGAGCUCUCCUCGAUGGCGAUGAAGCUGUCUCUCGGUGGCGACAGAGCUCUUUCACGGUGGCUCUCCUCGAAUCUCAAACCGGCUGCGUGGAUCCACGGUACAAGAGGAAGGAACCUCAAAGCAGUGGACCACAAAGCAGAGCAAUACAUGUUAUUGGACUCUUUGCAACUCACGGAUUCUGUCUUGGACUGUCUUGCAACUCUCUUCUCUCCUUUCUGUCACGGACCAGCAAAGAAACUUUGGCAUCAUGUUGUUGUUUGUCACGGAUUGUGGUUUCUGUUUGUUUGUAGUAUCAGGUCUUGUCAAGACCUCGUGUUGUACUCACUUGUCAAGAACUCGUGUUGUAGUCCCUUUCAUGUCACGGACUUUUGUAUUUUGCUCUGUUGUACUCUCUUGUCAAGAACUCGUGUUGUAUUAUCUCAUGUCACGGAUUUUCUUAAGCAAAGUGUAAGAAAGUUGUAUAAAUGCAUGAUCUUUCUUCUUAUUUCACAAAACAUUCAAUCUCAAGCUCUUUCCUCUAUCUCAAGUUCUUUCUUCUUUCUUGUUUCUUCAAUCUGA